AACUUUGAUAACGACGGUCUGAAGAACUUUGACCGGUGGACGCCGAGAACCGAGUUUCAGUUCCGACAGUGACCGUUCGUUUGUUCACGAUGCCGGACACGGUUCGCCAAGUGCCCAUUUCCGACGACCGUUACCGGUGCAGCGGUUCGGGUACGGACAGCUAUCCGUGCUCGCCGGCCGUCUCGCCGUCGCACAGUUUCAAACGCUCAAAGUCCACGUUCUACCUGCUGGACAGGCGCACGUCUCCGCCACCGGGCCGCCUGCUGCAGCCGCAGGACGUGACGGCCGGUACGAUCCACGGGUACGCGUCAACGUUUUUCUGGACGGUGGCCAACGCGCUGUUCGGCCUGACGUGGGUGAACGUGCUGCUGGUGCGCGUCCCGUCGCUGUGCCUGUGCCUGUGGGCGCGGUGCGCCUGGAAGUGCGCCAGGGUACCGCUGGUGGUGUCCAGGCGCGUGUUGCGGCUGUGCACAGCGGACCCGAACCGGCGCCGGGGCCGGUACACCGUGCUGAUAAACGGCGGCAGCACCGUGCAGGCGCUGCACUUGGUCAGAAACUUCUACAGGGCGGGCGCCCGGGUGAUCGUGUGCGAGAUCGACGGGCGGGCCGAGCUGAGCUCGUUCUCGGUGGCCGCCGACCACCAUUACACCGUGCCCGGGCCGAACGAGGACAACUGCGUGCAGUACGUGGACGCGCUGAGGGCGAUCGUGGAGAGGGAACGGGUGGACGUUUACGUGCCCACCGGCGCCACCGUGUCGGCGUACUACGACGCGGUGGCCAAACCGCAUCUGGAACUGCUGGGGUGCCGGUGCUGGACGCCGGGACUGGACGGCGUCGCGUUGCUCAACGACCUGUCCGAGGUGUUCAGCCUGUGCGAGACGGUCGGUCUACCGGUGCCCAAGCACCUGCUCGUGUGCUCGAAGGACGACGUCAUCAAGCUUUACGAAAAUCUGUCGUUCAGGGCCGACCGGCAUUUCAUCGUCAACGUCGGCCAGUCCGGAUGCAAGGCGGCGCACAGCCUGCAGCUGCCGGCCGCCCGGAAGUCGCUGCGACUUCCCGGGCCCGUGUCCGACGAACGCCCGUGGCUGCUGGUCCAGCACUGUCUCGGGUCGUACUACACGACGUGCACCACGGUGCAGGCGGGCCGGGUGGUGUGUAACGUGACGUGCACCGCGGCCGACGGACGGGUGGCCGACCGGAACGCGCUGAUCGACGACUGGACCGCGCGGUUCGUGUCGGCCGUCCCGGUGCCGUUCGACGGCUACCUGUCGUUCAGGGUGUGCGUGUCGCCGUCCCGGAAGAUCAUACCGCUGGGUUGUCACGUCGGCGUUCCCGUCACGUACGCGUCGUACCGCAGCAAUUUCGAACGCGUCCUCGUGCAAUGUCCGCCGCCGCCUCACGCGCACCGUUCGAACGGUGCAGCGGGUGCACGGGCGAGCGCCGUCGCGCACACGGACGCGGACGCCGCACCGCCGUCCACCGAACUCGUGGCCGAAACGACGGACCGGUAUUGCGCUACGCGGCUGCUCUGGGAGACGAUCACCCGGAUGGCCACUGUCCAGUCGAUCAAGCGUCUGGUGCGCACGGUGGUCAUGGAACGUGAAAUGGUAUUCGCGUAUUGGGACCCAGUGCCGUUUUUCGCCCACUACAGUCUGCAGAUGGUCGUGGACCGCAUAAACGCGGCGUUGGACGAGACGGUGAUGUUGUCGUCGUCGGCCCAGAAAAACAAAUACACAACGUUUUGAUACGCGGCAGCACGUGUACAAAAUCUGUAAUGUUGUGGUGUUCGGUAGAGGUCUAAUAAUAAUAAACGAUCGUUUUAUAUAUUAUAUACUGUAUAGGUAGUGUCGACAAUUAAAAUUUAUCAAAACCGUUUGGUCCGAUAUUUAAUGACAUAUUUUAUUAUACUAUUGUGAUUAUAAUUCGUCCGUCAUCCACUGCUAAAGUCACCACCACGUUAGUCAUUUGUCAAGUCAAAAAUUACGUCUGUAUAUUCUAUCCAUCGAAUGAACACGCCGAUUCUUCGUAUUCCCACUCGAUAACCACAACCUGCCAUUCGUGUCGAGUUGGGAUGCGGAGAAAAACCGAUUUUCGGCGAACAGCAACGCGUUUUCUCGUUGUAAAGAGAAUUCACGAUGAAACCCAAUACAAUAUUUAAUCCACGGACAAAAUAAUAGGUAGAUAAUCGUAUAAUUAUAGUACUUCAUAAAUCGAGAGUCGAGACACUGAAGAAACACGAAUUAUAGUUAAUUGUGUUUUAAAUUAUUACUUGAUCAUUUGAUGUCUGUUAUUUUACCAAUGUUUACCUUAUUUACGACCUUUAGAUGUUUUAUAAUUUAUUAUCCAACGAAACUAUAAAAAUUAUUUAAGUAUAAAAAUAUAAUUUUUGUUUUUGUAGAUCGCUUAUUGGACCGCUACUUGACAUACCUAUACUACACACACGCAUACAUAUACAUAUCGCAUGCAAUAGCAAUAUAGUUUAUUGUUGUAUUAAAAUAUGUUGGCAGGUAUAUAAUGUAAUAUUUUUUUAUGCAUAUUUAUUUUAAAUUACAAUAUUAGCUUAUUUGACGGAAUUGAAAACAUGUAGUACGCCAACUAAUUUUUAUGCAAUAUACCUACUCCAGUAGUUAGUUGCCAGGAACGAAAAACGUAUUAUUAGUAUUACCUAUAAGGAACUGUGUUAUGGGGUAAAUCAUGCAUAUAUAUUUGAUGAGGUACCUGUUUUAUAUAAUGUAUAAAAAAGAUUUGGUGCAAGGAAGUACCUGUUACGGAAUAAAUCCAGUGAAGCGAAUUAUACUACACGGUCGUUAUGAUGAUAUGGGUCAUAGAAAACGAAAUUCAUAGUCACUUCAACACGUAACGUUUACUUAAAAUGUUAAUAUAGGAGAAUUCGACAAAAUAAAACAACCAAAAUAUGAUUUUUCUUGAGUUCAAAAAUAU